UAAAUAAAUAAAUAGAGAGAGGAAACGAUUCCCUCCUCUCAUGUUUUACACUUGAAAAAUUUGGGGUUUUAGGGUUCUCUACCCAUAACAGAUUUACAGUUAGCACGACACUGUGAGAGAGGGAGAGAGAGAAUGGACCAAGAAGAGAUCGAUAAAGUGGUUCUGGCGUACUUGGACAAGAGGGGUUUCAAGCAAGCUGGCCUCGCUCUUCAGCAAGAGAAGCAGCAACACGGCAAAGGCAGCAACGCCUCCUCCACUGCACAGAUUGAUCCUGAUAUUGCUAAACAAAUCCUCUCUUUCGCUGAAGUGGAUGGUCCUGCUCAGUACCAAGAAGGUUAUAGCAAGCUACGGUCAUGGGCUUAUAGUUCUCUGGAUCAGUACCAGCACGAGUUAGUUAGAGUCUUGUACCCAGUAUUUAUCCAUGCAUUUAUGGAUCUUGUUGCGAAGGGUCAUAUUCAAGAAGCUCGAUCUUUUUUUAAUAGCUUUCGAGGAGACCAUGAAGUCAUGCAUACUCGUGACCUUCAAAAGUUAGAAGGUGUUCUUUCUCCCUCACAUCUGGAGGAAAUGGAAUUUGCACAUUCUCUAAGACAGAGCAAAGUGGGCAUCAAGAUAUGCCAAUACUCCUAUGACCUACUUCUACAAUACUUGCACAAAUCUCAAUCGAUUACAAUGCUUGGAGUUGUCAAUGAACACAUCAACUUUCAAGUUUCUCCUGGACAACCAAACUCCAUUGCUGAUGAUGCUGAAUAUGUCACAUUUUUUGGAAGUGACCAGGAUGCUGCUAAUUUGAUAAACCAGAAAGAAAUUCACUGGGGGUUGCUUGAAGAUUCUUUGGAAGAAAGGUUGGAAAAGACAGGGGCUCCUAAUAUGGAUUCCGAAAAGGCAGAUGGAGAAGCGAGAGAAGGUGAACUGGAAGAAAAUAAGAAAAGAUCUGAUGGUGGCAAGCAAGGCACUACACCUAAGAAGUUGAAAAAGGAUAAGGUUGUUGGUGCUACGGCAAAAGCUCAUCGUUCAGAUAGUAUUGCUGCGUCUGGAGCACCACGUGUAAAACCUGAGCUAGCAUUGCCAGUAAUACCUGUAGAGGUGGAACAGUCUAUCCUUGAAGAUUUGAGAAACCGUGUGCAGUUGAGUAGCAUGGCAUUGCCUUCCAUUAGCUUAUAUACUUUUCUCAACACUCAUGACAGCUUGAAUUGCGCUUCAAUAUCUCAUGAUGGGUCAAUGGUAGCUGGUGGAUUUUCAGAUUCAUCAUUGAAGGUUUGGGACAUGGCAAAGCUUGGGCAGCAGAAUGUAACCUCUCCUUCGCAGGGUGAAAAUGAGCUGGCUGCCAAUGAGCCUAGCUCAAGUUCUGGGGGAAGAAGUUACACAUUAUUUCGAGGUCAUGCUGGACCUGUACAUUCUGCCACUUUUAGUCCAUUUGGGGAUUUCAUUCUGUCUUCUUCAUCAGAUUCGACAAUCCGACUGUGGAGUUCAAAAUUGAGUGCAAAUCUUGUCUGCUACAAGGGUCACAAUUACCCUGUAUGGGAUGUACAGUUUAGUCCACUUGGCCACUAUUUUGCUAGUGCUUCACAUGAUCGCACGGCAAGGAUCUGGUCGAUGGACAGAAUACAGCCUCUCAGGAUUAUGGCAGGUCAUUUAUCUGAUGUGGAUUGCGUGCAAUGGCAUGCAAAUUGCAACUAUCUUGCUACCGGAUCUAGUGACAAAACAGUGCGCCUAUGGGAUGUCCAGAGUGGCGAGUGUGUUAGAAUAUUCAUUGGUCACAGAAGUAUGAUCUUAAGUUUGGCGAUGUCACCUGAUGGUCGCUAUAUGGCAUCUGGCGAUGAAGAUGGUACGAUAAUGAUGUGGGAUCUCGCAUCUGGUCGCUGCGUUGCCCCAUUCGUCGGCCAUGGCUCUUGCAUUUGGUCACUGGCUUUCAGCUGUGAAGGCUCGCUGCUAGCUUCCGGUUCUGCUGAUUGCACUGUGAAAUUAUGGGAUGUAGCUACAAGCUCAAGAGUGCCAAAAUCAGAUGAGAACGGCAAAAAUGGGAGCACGAGCAGACUGAGAUCACUGAAAACUUUGCCCACCAAAUCUACUCCCGUCUACGCUCUGCAGUUCUCCAGAAGAAACCUUUUAUUUGCUGCCGGCGCUCUCUCAAAGCAGUCGUAGAUCAAUCAUGCGGCGCCUCGGGUUUGGAAAAUCUUCAACUGACUAUGAUAAUGGUGGAACGACUGCAAUUUCUCCAUGUUGCUUUGUCUGAGUAUCAGUUUCGAUAACUUUGAUAUUUAAUUUGUCCACCUUACUUUAUUUAUGGUGUAGAACUAGUUUCUGAGUUAUGCAUUUCUGGUUAUAUUAUUCUUAGUGCUGGGUUUUAUGACUCCCACCUAAGUAAAAUAGGUGGGGAAGAUUAUUUGAGUUGCAUAAUUUUUUGAAUUGGGCGUUCUGCAUUUUGUCAGCUUAACACUAUAUUUCUAGCUGUAUUAUACUUCAGUUUAGGAGUUUUAUUGAUGUA